AUGGCGUGCGCCCAGGACACUGUGCGCGGUGUCUGGUGGGACCAGCGCUGCCCCACCAACACUGACGCGCUGCAGGUUGCAACCGAGGCAUUGCUCGACGCGGCAGACACCAUGGCCAGCUCAGGCCUGGUCGAAGCUGGCUUCUCGCUGCUCGCGAUGCCAGCGUGCCGCCUGCUCCAGCACCCGUCACACCGGGAGGCCAUCGCACGCUACUUUGCGGAGCGUGGCAUGAGCCUGCUGUUUGCGGCGGCCGUGAUUGACGAUCCAGGCGCGUCCUCCUCCUCGGAUUUUGUGAUGAUUGGCGCGGACCGCUCGCUGCGACUGGACACGCGGAGGCGGCGCGGUGCGCUGAGCGACGCGCAAGCGCGCGGGGGGGGGCUGCCAGCCGAGGCUCCGGGCUCGUGCGCGCAGCUCUACCUCCAGCGCUUGGCGAGCCUCUCAGGCCUCGGCGGUUGGAAUGACCCGCGCACGCACCUGCCGCCGCGACUCAACCGGACGCACAUGGCGUCGAGCGCGCUUCCCUUUGGGCCGCCCCUCGAGGUCCACCCCAGCGAGUUCCGCUCGCACUUUGCCCUCGCCUGCAUCCGCGGCGCGCCACUUGUGCUCUCCGUGCCGCCCCACCGUAUGCAAGGAGACAUGCUCAACAUCGUGACAGACCCGCUCGCGCUGGCGGUACAGACGGCGAACGGCGGGGUUCGGCCGGAGCGCAUUGAUGUGCCCGCGCGGGCGCAUGGCUCGCGCUUCGCUGUGCACGUGCGGCUGGAGGGCUGGGUGCGCCGCUCCACGGACGGAGUGUCGGCGGUGCUGCUGCUGAUCAACCACGACGAGCGCCCGGCGACGGCCGAGAUCCCGUGGCACGCGCUUCGAACGCGUCCGCUUGCGCAAGCGUCUAUCUUUGAUGAGGGCGGGACGAGCGACCUUCAGGCGGGCGCGUGGGCGCGUUUCGCCUUUUCUCGCCGGCGGAGGCCGCAACAUGAGCUCUCGCAUGCGACCGUGCCGCCCGGGGACUGCGUACUUCUCGUCGUGGGGCACGACGAUGCGACCUCGCAGGUGGCGGGCGCGGACGGGGCGUCUCACCCAGAGAGGUUAGCGCCGGCGAGGAAGCCACGGCUUGCGGACGCACGGGACGGCCAGGGCGGCCGUGCAGUGCGCGCCCCUCAGCGAUCGCACGCGCAGUUGGUCGCGUGCGCGGCGGCCGUGGCGCUUCUUCUUGUGAUUCUCGUCGCGACUGGUCGCCGCGCGAGUAGCACGAGGCAGCGGAGGUCAACUCCACGGGUCAAGCGGCGGCGGGAGCAGCAGCGCUUCGGUCCCGACGUUGACCCAGAUCUCCUCGACUAUCCCGCGUUGCUGUGCGACGCUGCAGGCACGAUGGCCUCCAGAAAAGGAUACUCCUUCGCGUCCAGCUCUUCCCUUCGAACCAGCUGCCCAGACCGCGUUGGCGGACUUCAAGGACUCCAGAGCCCUCCGUCAGAGCGAGGAACGGCGUCGCACAACACCUCCCUCUUGAUUUGA